ACCGGCCACAGCUGUAACUUCCCUGAGAGAGAGAGAGAGAGAGAGAAAACAAGCCUGGCUAGAGUUUCAGCUCACACACUUUGCUCCCUCAUAAACACGGUAAGUUAGCGUUUGUUGCUCUUCUGGAAGCUCUGUGUGUGUUUAAAGGCAGACAGAAAGGCGGUAGUCUGAGGAGCGACUCGUGUUGUGUUUCACUGAAAACUGAAAGAGUUCUCGGUUUCACUGCGUUUCACACCGGCUGCAGAGUCUCUCCCCGUCUGUAACAGCUCCUUCAAACAGCCGGAGACACACUGCACUCAGAGCUUUCAGAAUGAUGCUUCAGCAUCCUGGUCUGGGUCCUUCAGAGAUCAGUGCGUCGGCUCUGGUGCCGUGUCUGUCCCCGCCCGGGUCGCUCACGCUGGACGACUUCACUCACUUCAGCCCGCUGGUUAAAGAGGAGCUGCGGUACGCCAUCCAGAGCAAACGCCUGUCCAGCGGAAUGAGUACGGCCAGUUCGGACCGCUCCGGCUGCAGCUCUGAGAAACCUCCUGAGCUGCUGGGAAUGAAGAGAGAGCUUACUGUGGAAGAGCUUGAUCGUAGGAAAAGACGACGGGAAAGGAACAAAAUUGCUGCUGCAAAGUGCAGGAACAAGAAGAAGGAGAAGACGGACUGUUUACAAAAGGAGUCAGAGAAGCUGGAGUCCUUAAAUGCCGAGCUGAAGGCGCAGAUCGAGGAGCUGAAGAACCAGAAGCAGCAGCUGGUCUACAUGCUGAACCUGCACCGGCCAACGUGCAUCGUCCGAGCGCACAACGGACAAACUCCUGAAGACGAGAGGAACCUCUUCAUCCAACAGAUCAAAGAGACCACGCUGCAGUGUAUGAACUUCACCACAGCUGGAUCCGCAAACUCUCCCGUACUAACCACAUGCGAUCAUCUUUGAAGCACGUGACUUUAGGAGGCUUCAGAAAAGAUUUUGCCAAGGAGCACUGAAGGACCCACUCGAAAAGUAGUAUACUGUAACGGACUGAGGACAUGAGAAAGCAAUAUGUAGAAGCACUAACAUCAAAUGUGAUUUGAUGUCUUUUUGUUGUAUUUAACUGUUAUUUAAAAUGACAUACUGCUGAAUGAUGAAUUUGUGAUGCUGUUUUGUAUGUGCACCAAAGCGUGAUCUCGUGUUGAGCGCUGAAGCCAAGACGAGAUCAUUUAUUAACUUAAGUCACUAACGGUAUCCCACAUAACAAGCACUAUAAGUUCUGUGAAUGAAGAUGGACUUGAAAUCACUGUGUGUUGGAGAAUGUGAUGGAGAAUUCUGCUCCAUGUAUUGAACACUGGCUGAGACAGGCGUAAGAAAAAAAAAUUUGUGGUUGAAGUAUGAAGUAUGUUGUAUUUCCAUAGUUAUAGUUAUAUGUUGCUUCUGCUUUGUUUAGUGUCUCCAUAAUCUGCCACUCAAAACUACUCAAAGCUGCUACGCUAAUAUCUCAGGUCAUGGAGGAUGUACUGCAGAAAUACAGACGGAGAAAAGGAACAAGGAAAUAGAAUAAAGUGGAUUGUGUUAUCAGUAGUAUAACAGCUUGCUGCUUUAGGAUUACAACAAAUAGCAAGUUACAUAGAAGUAAAAGUGGUCUUUUGAACUGUCACCAUAAAGUUUGUACCUCGUUCAUCUCAGAAAUGUUUUUUUUUAUACAAAGCUGUGUGCUGGAGGACUAUGUUGAGUUUUUGUAUUGUUAGUCAUGUCUGUGUUUUGAAAUGUUAUACUGUAUUUUUAUACAAUGUUAAUGUGUGGUUGGAUCUAGAUGCACAAUCUUGUCACUUUAAAGGGUAUAAAACUAUUGUGGUUAUA